AUGCGACUCUGCAGCAUCAAGCGACCACCCGCUUGCCAGAAAUUUGAUACCAACAAGAUCGGUCCAUCAUACGCUGUUGAGAUCAGGAACCGCUUCGAACUGCUUGCCAUCGAAGAGAAUCAAGAAGCAGAAGAAAUAUGGGAGAACGUGAAGGAAAUUGUCGUUGAAACAGCAGAGAAACAUGUACUGUAUAAGAAACCCACACGAUCAGCAAAGUGGAUUUCGGAGGAGACUUAUGUAAUAGCAGAAGAAAGAAGGAGAACAAAGAUGACCAGAAGCAGGGAUGAAGUGCGGCGCCUGAAUGCAAUGUUCCAACAGGCCGCCAGGAAGGACAAAGGGAAAUACUGGAAUGAGGAAUGUGCAAGGGCAGGGGAGGCAUACAGGAAAGGGAACAUGAGAGAACUUUACCAACAUGUAAAGAAGACCCGUACAGCAUUCAUGGCCAGACAAGCAACCAUCCGUGGGAGAAAUGGUAAAGAACUGGAUGACCAAGAAGAGAACAACCUCGAUGAGCAGGCAGAAGAGAAGCGACUGGAACUGGAGCCAAACAUCCUGGAUGAUGAGGUGGUACGGGCAAUGAAACAGCUGGCCAACCGAAAAGCCCCUGGUACUGAUGGCAUACCACUAGAAUUACUCAAGCCAAUACCAACAAAAACGCUAACAUCGCUUUGCCAACGAAUAUGGAGAACCUGUAAGUGGCCAAGGGAAUGGAAGAGGUCAGUUUUCAUCCCAAUACCAAAGAAAGGAGACACCAAGGACUGCGCAAACUACUGUACCAUCACCCUGAUCCCCCAUGUAAGCAAAAUUCUCCUUAAAAUCAUCCAGAAGCGCCUGAACACAACUAUUGAGAGAGAAUUGCCAGAGGUGCAAGCUGGUUUCAGAAAGGAAAGAAGCACCCGCGAUCACAUCGCCAACCUACGGUGGAUUAUGGAAAAGGCAAGAGAAUACCAAAAGAAGCUGUACAUGUGUUUCAUCGGUUACUCCAAAGUCUUUGACAGCAUUGAUCAUGACAAGUUAUGGAAAUUUCUGGAGGAAAUGGGGACACCUUUACACCUUGUCCAGCUUAUUAGAUAA